AGGGGAACGUACCGUUUCUCCCACAGAAAUCAAUCCCCUCCUCCUUUUUGCCCAUCGCUGCUUCGGUUUGAACCCGCCGCCGCCGCCAUGGCUCGCACCAAGCACCCGGCGGUGAGGAAGUCGAAGCCGGAGCCCAAGAAGAAGCUCCAGUUCGAGCGCUCCCCGCGGAGGCCGUCGGCGCAGCGCGGUGGCGCGGAUACCUCGGCCACGAGGAGCGCGCGGACUGCGGCCGGAACGUCGGCCGAAGAAGGGACGCCUGGACAGCAGUCGAGGCAGAGGAAGCCACACCGAUUCCGUCCAGGCACAGUAGCUCUGCGGGAGAUCAGGAGAUUCCAGAAAUCGACCGAACUGCUUAUCCCAUUUGCGCCAUUUUCCCGUCUGGUGAGGGAGAUCACUGAUUUCUAUUCCAAGGAUGUGACGCGCUGGACUCUUGGAGCUCUCCUUGCACUGCAAGAGGCAGCAGAAUACCACUUAGUGGAUUUAUUUGAAGUAGCAAAUCUCUGCGCCAUCCAUGCUAAGCGUGUUACCAUCAUGCAAAAGGACAUACAACUUGCCAGGCGUAUCGGUGGACGGAGGCCAUGGUAGUAAUGAAGGGAUCAACUUGCCGGCCAGCAAAUUUGUUUUUAGUCUUGCAGCAUGAUGGACAAGGAGCGAUCUGUACCGCUUGUUAACGUCUUAGGUAGUGUAGAUGUAUCUUCACAUAGGGAUCAACCUACCCUUUGUUACGUUCUAAUUCGGCUGAUGUUAGGAUUUAGCUUUGCUUCAUUCCGACUGGUCCAAUUUAGAAUUUCAGCAAACAGUCGAUUGUGAAAUUUUAACCUGUAAUUGUUGUGUUGAUUGCACUGAGUUCCUCUCGCAUGCUUCUUCCAUGAGUUACACCAGAUAUUGCAACGGCUGUUUUAAGAACCCUGUGCUCAAGGACCUGCAGUUGACCCAGAUAGCUGUUGAG